AUGCAGCGAAGGCAGGGAAGAGUCAAUGCUGGACUGCUUUUGCUGCUUUAUCAAAUUUCUCAAGUUGGACUCCAGAACAUUCCUUCUGUUACCCUUGGGGUACUUGCACUGAAUAUUUUUCUCUUUUUGAAUCCUGUGAGGCCCCUAUCUGAAGUGUGCAUCAGUGUACAUGAAGUCGUCUACAGAAAGAACUGGCAGCGUUUACUGCUUUCUCCUGUCCACCAUGCAGAUGACUGGCAUUUAUAUUACAAUAUGGUUUCCAUGCUUUGGAAGGGAAUAAUGCUGGAAAAAAAGCUUAAGAGCAUAUGGUUUGCAUACAUCAUUGCAGUAUUUUCAGUGCUGAUUGGAGUUGUUUAUAUGGUGCUGGAAUUCAUGCUUGUGAAAAUUCUGGAUGAUCCUUUGUAUGAAAUGCAUUGUGCUGUAGGUUUUUCAGGAGUCUUGUUUGCUUUGAAAGUUCUUAACAACCAUUACAAUCCAGGAAGAGUCAGCAGCAUCCUUGGAUUGCAGAUAUCCAGUAAAUAUGCUUGUUGGGUGGAGCUGGUGGCUAUUCAUUUAAUCUCCCCAGGGACUUCUUUUGCUGGACAUCUGGCAGGGAUUCUUGUUGGAUUGAUGUACACUAUGGGACCCCUGAAGAAGAUCAUGAAAGCCUGUAUAGGUGGCCUUUCUUCAUUCACAAACCCUGCCAGGCCACAGGACUACUAUUCAGAGUAUUAUGGCUACCCAGGUUAUCAAUACAGGACACCAAGGAGCUAUUACGAUUAUACUGGUGGGCUUACUGAAGAGGAACAGCUUGAAAGAGCAGUGCUAAACAGUCUUAAUGAAAGAGGUUUUGGUGGAGCAACAUAUAAUACUGAGCGGCGACCCUAUGGUUUUUGGUUUGCACCUGAGCAGCAUUCAGAAGAGGAAAUAAGAAGGCAAAGGCUUCUUAGGUUUGAGAGACGAUGAAAUUGGCAGGUGUUGAUGUAAACUGUAAAGUGCUAUUCAGAGUUACCAAAAUAUUUGCAGAUUUAUUUGUAAUAUGCAGAUUUGUUGUAAUAUUUUUCUACUUUUUCUACUACUGAUUGCAAAACUGCAGGGGGUUUUGUGAGUUUGGGCUCAACAUUGGAACUUGCAUAAAAGGUGUGAGAUAGCAAUCAAAAUGUGGUCUUUGGCAGUCUCUAUCUUAAUGCACCUUAAAUAUGGAAGAAGACUGAUAGUUCCAAAGUCUUUUUCCUUAAGUUCUUUUGUGUAGCUUAAAGAAUUCCUUGGCAUUUUGACCACUGGUGUUCUCAGGCAGCAGGUUUUUUUAUCAAAAGAUGAAAAAAACAUUACUUUUUUUAUACAGUUGUAAAACUAUGCAAUUUUUUCUUACAAACUUGUCUCUUUAUCUAUGAUGACCAACGGGCUUUUGGAUUGGCAUGUGAAAUGUCACUUGAAAAGAUUGCUUUGAUGACAACAGCUAGGUCAUAUGUCUAGGCUUAAGCUUUUCAGAAGUCUUGCAAACUGUGUGAAAACUAGUUGCAGCUAUCCUUACCUUAAGGAGUUAUUUAAUACAACCCUUAGUGUUGCAGUCUUCCUUAAAACAUGCUAUUUUAUCUAGAGCUUGUAUGUGAUAAAAAUGAGUUGUAACUACUUUACUUACUAAACCCUUUCUUAAUAUUUAUGUUUUAAAUAAAAUGUUUUCAUUUAGAUUUGAAAUAAUUUGUUAGAAGUUUUGUGGAAAUGGAGGUGGAUGUGCCAUAUAAAGAAUAUCUUUAUUUAGUAACACACUUUUUCGAAGUAUCUAUUUCCCUUUUUCAGGAGCCUUGGAAAUUGUAUCAUGUAUGUGCUGUUCUACUAUUUCUCUAUAUGUAUCUCAUUUGAUAUCCAGCAGCAAUAAGAGUUUGCAGACUGUAUUGGGUUUGCAUGGCAAGGUUUGGUAUCAGGGGGCUACAGGGGCGGCUUCUGUGAGCAGCUGCUGGAAGCCUCCCCCAUGUCCCCAGAGGCAAUGCC